AUGAUACAAUCAGAGGAUCAUAAUCAACAGCCAAUGCCUUCAAGUACCGAAUUUAGCAUGAAGGAUUCAUGUUUGUUUACUCAACCAGAAACGAAUAUGGAAACUGGAGGAAAUGCUUUCAAUAUGUCAGAAUCAUUAUUAUUCAAGGAUGUGAUACAUGACUACGAAACUAACGAAUUUUCUAAAGCAAAUCAGACUAAUUUACAUGAUCUAAUAGCACCUCAAGAGGAUUUGGAACCUAAUCAAGAAAGCUUAAAACAAGAUUCACAAGAACUUGUUGUUGUUGAUUUUGAUGACAUGGACCAAGAUUUUUCACCAGCAUCUAAACCAUCAAAGACAGUAAAACUAUUUUCAGGUAAACAAAUUAAGUUAGCUCCAAGAUCUACCGAGAGAGUAAAUAUCGAUGAGAAGCAACUUUCAGGAAUAUUUCUAGAUAUGGAUUCUUUAACGAACAAGGCCAACUUGAGAAAUUCAUUUAAAGAAAAUAGAAAGAAAUUAUCAGACCCCCCAUCAUUGUCAUCCAUUAAGCAUGACUCUACUUCGUCUCAAAUCUGGACUGAAAAAUAUAAACCAAAUAGUUUUAUCCAAUUAUGCUCUGCAGGUAAUGAUAGACAGUAUAGAUUGAUUUUGCAAUGGUUGAAGAAAUGGUCACCCGUGGUGUUUGGUGACGAUAUUUUAAACACGGAAAAUUCAGAUCUCUUGGGAAGACCUUAUAAGAAAAUAUUGUUAAUCCAUGGACCUACUGGUAUUGGGAAAACCACUAUUUCACACAUUUUGGCAAAGCAUAUGGGCUACACCGUUCAAGAGUUGAAUGCAGCAAAUAGUAUGGAUACCCUACCACAGGCUUCUGGCGGUGGGUCUACUGCUUACACCAAUGCAGCUUCUGCAUUAAAACUCAAAAUCGUCAAUGCCUUGACAUCAAAUUCUAUUCACUCACAAGGUAAGCCGUCUUGUUUAAUAAUAGACGAAAUUGACUCCUUGGCAAAUAUCAAUGACGUUGUCAAAGUGUUGAAUGAUUUGGUCCAAGCAGAUCACCGCGCCCUCAACAAAAAACUAAAAAGACUGUCGACUGAGGAAAUCGAAGCCAAGAAGAAAUCGAAAAAGAAAGACAUCUUCUUAAAUCGUCCCAUUAUUUGUAUUGCCAAUGACAUUUAUUCCCAACAAUCAAAUAGAUUUGGACCCAAUCCUAUGGAGAAAUUGAGACCAAUCUCAGAAAUUAUCCAAUUUAGAAAACCAACUACUUCUAAAACAUCAUCCGGUGCAAAAACGGGAGGGAAUGCCAUCAAAUCAGUCAAAGAUUAUUUGAUGCAAAUUAACAAACAAGAAAAUAUGGGACUUGAUCAUCAAGAAAUUGGUGAUAUUGUGGAAAUUUGUGAAGGUGACAUCAGAGCAUGCAUCAAUCAUAUGCAAUUUAAUAGUAGAAUUGUUGACACUAUUGAAAGAAGAAUUUCGAAGGAUACUCAUUUAAUUGAUCGACAGCUUUCUUGGUUUGCAAUGACUGAUCAACUUUUCAAAAGAGACCCUCAGUUGUCUAAGGAAGAGAAUCUUGCUCGCUUGUUUGAUGGGUUUAUGAAUGGGGAAGGUAGGGCAUUGGCAAGUAAUUCUGGAACAUUUGACAGAGUCCUCAAAGGCAUAUUUGACAAAUAUUUAGACACUGUUCACAUUCAAGACGACUCGUUAAUUAAACCUUGUGAACUCAGUGAUUGGAUAAGUUACCAAUCGCGGUUCACCAGAAUUAAUGAGACUAAUGAAUACUCUCCAUUAGUUUUGUUAAAGGCCUCAUCUUUAUUUAGCGAUAUCCGAGUCCAGCCAGGAAACCAAACAUUGAUUCCUAAUGCCAAGAACUUAGACUUUGAACACAGUCAAUUAUUGAAAAGUAAUAAAAAUAUAAUUCGACUGAUAGAAAAUAGAUUGCUGGUACAAAUGAGAGUAGCCCUUGGUAUGAACGCUGAGAAUGCUGCAAGUUUAGUUUUACCAUGCUUGGCCAAAAUAUUAUCUCCUCAUAUGUCAGCUAAAGUAAAGUCUGAUUUGAAUGUUACAGAAAAGAAAUGUUUAGAAAGGAUUGCUGGAUUGGUGAAAGAACUCGACUUGUCCUUGGAAUACCUGAAAGAUUUGGAAACUGGCUUAUCGUCACUCAAGUUGAAUCCAGAUUUGGAUCUGUUGACAAUUUAUGAUAACUACUUGACAACUAUUCCUGCAGCAUCUGUUGUGAAGCAAACUCAGCUUCGUCGUCAAUCGUUGUUCCCAUUGAUUACAGCAGAAUUGGAUAGAAUUGAUGUUUCCAAAAAAUCUGUCAAACGUUCAUUAGAAGAGAACACUAAAGAAUCAAAUAACGGAGAUAAGGCUGCUAAAAGAUCGAAAACCCUUGCCACUACAAGCCUUAACUUCUUUAAAGGGAGAUAUGAAGAAGUUAAUUCCAAAACUCAUACUGCUAAUACUGAUGAAGGAUCAUCUGAUGGAGACAAGGAGUUUAAAACUUCAAGAAUAUGGGUAAAAUACAAUGAAGGGUUCUCAAAUGCUGUAAGAAAGAAUAUCGGUUGGAAUGAUCUCUGGAUCGUUUAA